AUCAAUUUACACAAUCUCCCGAGGAAAAAAAAGAGAAUACAUUUGAUGAAGCUGCCCAGGGUGAAAUUGAUAAAUCUCAUACUAUCAAACCACAUAAUCUUAAUGAAACUGCAGAUGAAGAAGUUGAAAAGAAAUCUUUAAUACCUCAAGACCCACAUACGGAAAUUCAACAGGUAUCUGACACCAGUCAUAGAGAGGAGGAACGAUCCGCUGAGCAACAACAUCAACUUUCAACAAAUAAUAAUAUUAAUAAAAACGAAAACGAACCAACUUCUCCUGAUGUGACACAUCCCCGCGGAAUUGAACAAAGUGAGCAGCAAUUAUCACCGAAUAAUGAUAAUGAUUUGAAUAUAUUAUAUUUAUCAAAACUAUAUGGUUCAACAGAAAAUACUGAAG